GGCCGCUGUGUAAACAUCAACAAUCUAUCGGUCAGUCUGUUCGUCGCGCGGUGUUCAGUCCACAAUCAGUGUUCUUUAGGAUUCGCGGAUUUCGUUCACUAUAGGUCGGCACUGAGUGGUAGAACCCCGAAAUCUACUAGCAGUUCCAUAACUACUCACCUCGCAACAGACCAUGUCAAUUACGGAGAAAGAUCUGUAUCGGGAAACACCCGUGCGAUAUCUCGGUUACGCAAACGAAAUCGGAGAAGCAUUCCGGCCGGUGAUCCGGAAGGUAUUUGUCCAUGCCAGUUACGUCGUUGCCGUUGGGUAUGUUCUGGCCGAUACGGCGGACAAGUCCCGCAAACAGUAUGCGAAACCGGAAAUUCUAGGAGGGGGCGCCCGUGGAGCAGCGAUAGCCUCUGGGGACACUCUGCUGUGGCAGAUGUUUGCCUCGGUCAUCAUUCCGGGCUUCACGAUUAACAGAAUUUGCUGGCUCUCGAAGAAGGUCCUCGCGAUGAACAAAGUAAAAGGACCGCUGGGAAAAUGGGCUCCGACGGCGCUGGGCCUGCUGGCGAUUCCAUUCAUCAUCCAUCCCAUCGAUCACGGAGUGGAUCUGGUGAUGGAUCAAACCUACCGGAAGUAUGUUAAAUAACCGGAACCAUGUCCCAGCAAGUAUGCUAACAGAAACUAUCGACCGUUGAUUGUGUUAUAGCUUAAUUGUUGAAUGGGAGCUAUUGCUGAAACGUUUCAGCAUUUUUAACCUUGGUCUCGAACAAAAUGACACUCGUUAGUCAUGUAUUUGCGUUGACUUUAAACAGUAUGAAUAGUUGUUGAAUGUCGGUUAGAUAUCGCCAAAAAAGACACAAAGCGUCGCAACAAACAAUAGCUGUUAGGACAUUUUUAUUCGUCGCAAACUGCUUGUAACAACAUUUAGAAACAUAAAAAAGCCGUUUGCGGAAGACAGUUUUUCGAGGAAGCGGGUUGAACUUGGUGCUCAAAAUACUCCUAACAAUGGAACAAUAAAAUCUGUUAAGGUACUUUUACGGUAA